GGAGAAGUCAGCGCCGUGGACAGUCGCUCUUGGGACAGUCAUACCAUCUGCGACGAGCGCGCUAGGCUUCUAUAGCCAUGCCGUGCUUACCAGAAAACCACUCCCCGGAAUGGUCGCAGCGUACGCGGCGGUGAAUACGGGUAUCACAGCUGCUACAUUCUUUGCUCUGCGUGAAUACGCUGUGGGUCCGGUGCUCGUGCACACUGCACCAUGGACGCAAUACGAAAGACGGAGACGGCAGUUGGGUCUAAGCUCUUCGAAUGACUCGGAACUCACAUGGUCUGAAAUCCGCACAAAUAAAUUACUCGACACGGCAGUAAGCGGUGCAGCGGCUGGAGGUUUGCUUCGAGUCUGGAGAUCCGGUCUGCGAAGUAUCCUGCCCGGUGCCAUAUCUGCCGCAGCCCUGUGUACGAUUUUACAGCUUGCCUACAACGAAGCAGCCGUCGCGAGGCUUAGAUACGUUUCCAAACUGAAGGAAACGGGUCAAAUGCCAGUGGCUCCUACCCCACCACCACCGGAACCGUCUGAACGCGUCCCCGUCGCCCAGCGUAUCUUGACAGCUCUGGGCUUGAUACACGUAUCAGACGAGGAGUACUUGCUCAAGCUCAAGAGGACUAGAGCAGUUUACCAGAAGCGGAUUAUAGAGCUCGAACAACAAUCAGAGGCAGAGCGGGAGCUCAAAGAUGUUCAGCAUUAGUCUGGAUUAUAUAUGGCAUUAUCAUUGAUUACCCCUACUAAUUAUCAACCACCUCUUUUGAA